GCUAAAUCCUUUCAAGCAAAGCAUAUUUGUUUAUUCUAAGCACAGUUUUUGUUUUUUGUUUUUCAACAUAUAAAUAGAAAGUUAAUACAGUUUGAUGAUACUUAUCAGCAUAUUCACUAGCUUCCUUUCUGGUUUUCUGCAUAUCUUCACAUGGCUAGUUUCGGUGAUCAUGAUGAUAUCAUAAAGUCUGUUUCUGAUGCCCCGCCAACGCAUUACAUGGUCAAAAUAGAGUCUUUAUCACUUCUUACUAAGCAUGCUAUAGAGAGAUAUGAAACCGAGAUCUUUGAAGCUGGAGGCUACAAAUGGAAGCUGGUUCUGUAUCCAAAUGGAAACAAGAGCAAGAAUAUAAAAGAUCAUGUUUCUGUUUACUUGGCUUUGGCUGACUCUAGCUCCUUGGGUCCAGGCUGGGAGGUCUCGGCUGUGUUCCGUCUGUAUUUGCUAGAUCAAAACAAAGAUAGUUACUUGAUUCUACAAGGGAAGGAGAGACGGUUCCACACGGUCAAACGUGAAUGGGGAUUCGAUAAGUUCAUCCCUACAGCUACCUUCUUUAAUGCAUCAAAUGGUUAUCUUAUGGAAGACACAUGCAUGUUUGGAGCUGAUGUAUUUGUUUCCAAGGAGAGAAGAAAUGGGAGAGGAGAAUGCUUAUCAAUGAUUAAAGAUGCUACUAGCUCAAAGCACGUAUGGAAGAUUGAGAAUUUCUCUAAGUUAGACAAUGAAAGCUAUGACUCAAACGCUUUCUUCGCUGGAGAUAGAAAAUGGAAAAUACGGCUUUAUCCAUCGGGAACAAAGCAAGGAACAGGAACCCAUCUUUCUAUCUAUCUGAUCCUCGCAGAUCCUGAAACUGUUUCAGACGGUACAAAAAUAUUCACAGAGUUUACAGUAAGAAUAUAUGAUCAGCUUCAAGGCAGACACAUUGCAGGGAAAGUUACUAAAUGGUUCAGUGGAUCAAGCUUGGAGAACGGAUGGGUUAAAUACGUAUCAAUGGUUUAUUUCACGCAGCCAAGUAGUGGUCUGUUGCUCAAAGAUGUUUGUCUCGUUGAAGCUGAUGUCUGCGUUCAUGGAAUCACUAGUGCACUCUGAUCACUCAUUAGCCAAAACAUUUGACCAUACAAGGAACAAGAAAGAACAAAAUAUGACUUUUAACUUUCUUAACACAACAAUAACAUAUGAAUACAAGGAUGAUAAUAUUGAAUAUAAUCUUUUAUAUAAAUUCUCUUCUGAAAAGAAACAAGAAAUACAAAAUAUGACUUUUAACUUUCUUACCACAACAAUAACAUAUGAUAAUAAAUAAUAAUAAUAUAAAUUCUCAACUGCUUAUAUUGAAAAAGGAAAAAGAAUAGACCCAUCUCUUUAGUUGAAACAGAGGCAAGACCUGAGAGAACUAAACUAGUUCAAGU